GUUUCCUCAUGAUGUAAACAUUUAAAACACCAACUGUCGAGGCUACCUAACUUGUUCGUCCGGCUGUGGUAGCCCUCCGGCUUCUGUUUUCGCUGUUCUGCGGUGGUAGCGCUCCGUGGACAACGUUAGUUUAGCGCUGACGGCUGGAGCAGGCUGCGUAGGUGGAUCCCGUGGCAAACGUUGCCUGUCCUGCAAAUGCAGUAGAUGAUCCAGAGACAAAGCCUGAGGUCUGCACUGCAAACAUGCCAGAGUCCUCCCUGGUCAAGGACGGUCGCAGCAGCUCUGUUGAAUAUGGAGCAUCCCCCUUGAGACAGUUUAGCCAAUCAUCACUGCUGCUGCACAGAAACUCCCACAUGCUCAGUACCUUCUGCACAGAGCACAAUGUGCAACAAUGUCUGUCACACAUCAAUCAGGAAAUAUCUUCUCUUGGCCUCCCACCAGUUUGGACAGAGUCGGGCGACAGCUCAGAGCUGAAUAUUGUGGCUGUGCUAAAUUGCAUGUAUGACCUGAUUCAGCUGCAGCGCCGGGGCCUCAGAACCCUUGAAAGCAUGGAAGUGGAGCAGCUUAAAUCUAGCAGCAGCAUCGAUCACCUGCAGCUCACCAUCACUCGUCUGAAGGAGCAGCUCGAACUCUCUAAAAGAGAAAACACGGGACUUCUUGAGAGAGAACGGCAGCUGCAGCUGAAAGCAAAAAGUUUGCAGAGCUGUCUGAAGAAUGAAAAAGAAGAGGUUCAAAAGCUUCAGAACAUUAUUGCAAGCCGGGCCAGCCAGUACAAUCACGAGAUGAAAAGGAAGGAAAGAGAAUUUAACAAACUGAAGGAACGACUGAAUCAGCUGCUGGUUGACAAAAAGGAGAAGAAACAGGCCAUUGAUGUAUUAAACAACAUUGGGAGAGCUGAUGGGAAGAGAAGCCUUUGGAAAACUGAAAAGACAGAAGCAAAGCAUGAAGGGGAAAUGUAUAAGACUCUGCUGAGCGACUAUGACGCUCGCCACAGAGAGCUCGUGCUGGAAAAUGCAGAGCUGAGGAAAGUGUUGCAGCAGAUAAAAAAAGACAUGGUGUCCAUUCUAAGUUCAAGAAAACCAGCUGCGAAAAGCGACAAACCUGAACACAGUGGCGUACAGGUCACAUCGGAGGAGGAAGAGGAAGAGGAAGAGGUGUUCGAUUCCAGUAAGGAAAGUGUAGAGCUUUAUUGCUUUCAUGCCCGGGAGAAACUGACCAACAGUAUUCGUCUCCAGUGGAGGAGACUUAAGAGCCAUGUGGAAAGACUGGACAGCCAGGCAUCCUUGGUUCAGAUGGUGGAAAGCAAAAACACUGAUGCUGUUCCACAAGAGACUCAGGAGGAAGAGAUGGACAGACUAAAGCUGGAGAUCCAGCAGUGCAAAGACUUUAUUCAAACACAGCAGCAGCUCCUGCAGCAUCAGGUAAGCUCUGCAUGUGAUGAGGAAACCGCAUCCCUGCUAAGCAAUUGCUACAUGCUUCAAGAGAAGGAGCGCCUCGGGGACGAGUGGAAGACUCUGGAGGAGCAGAGGAAGAUCUUUGAGAGGGAGAGGAAGAACUUUACAGAGGCAGCCAUCAGACUGAGCCACGAGAGGAAGGCCUUUGAGGAGGAUCGGGCAACAUGGCUCAAACACCAGUUUUUAAACUUGAGUCCAUUUGCAGACUCAAAGAAAACCCCAUUGUUAAAAUCUAAAAGUGCCUUUUUGAUAUCAGCUGAAACAGAGGCGGCUGCGACGGUGGCUCCAGAAAAGCUCAUCAAAUGUCCUUCAGACACAGCCUCCCCCACACCCAGGUGUGUCGCGCUCGCGUCGGCUUCCACCACUGACCUGUGUCGCACGCUUUGCUUUAUCCCAGAAAACAGCUCAGUGCAACCAAAGACAAAUGGGGAACAUGUGGAGGAAUCGGGCACGUUUUGUGGAGAUGUUUUCGUCCAGCACCAACAGUGGGAGUACAGCGAGGACCACACACUCUCACAGGAGAAGAACAGCUCCAUCUGAAGCCAAAAACUCCGUUCACUUGAAUCAGACGUAUCAUGUCCAGUGUUUAUGUCUGAUGCGUCUGAUGGGUGGAUGCCAAAGGCCCACAGAUGGACUGUAAAAUGAUUAAACAGCUUAAGAAGGAAAGAGCGUUAAGAGUGACGUUUGCUGGAUCUGUAUUAAUGUACUGCAUAUAGUAUGUAGUUAGUUUACUUAUUUAUGGUACUGUAAAUCAAGAAUUGGCAUAUCUUACAUUUAGAUGCUGCUGAUGCAAUAUGUGACAAUAUGUGACAAUAUGUGACAAUAUGUGGCAAUAUGUGACA